AAAUACACAGCCGGUUUAUGUUUGUAGUUAUUCUGUUAAUUUAUUAAUGGAUUUUGAGGUAGCUUUUAAAUUGUAAAUAUAUAAACUGAAUUUUGGAGUGUUAAAAGUAGUGAAAAGAAGAAGUUCGAUAUAUACUGCAGACAUUGGCCAUCCUGCCAAUACGGGUAUUGAGACUUAUGAAAGUAGCGGUAAUAGGCUUUUGUCAGCACUAAUAGAUCGAUCGAAGGAUAUAAAUGUUUAAUGCAAACAUAGAAAAACACGGAGCAUUAUGGUAGUAGGCGCAAAUAAUAAAGUACAUAAAAGUAUAUUUGGUUUACAUUUACAUCUGUUAACGACAAACGACUCAGAUGUUGUAGAAAGUGGCUCGUGCAGUCGUUGACAAGCCUGUUUGGAUUUAUUCUAGAUCUGUUAAGUUCGUGUAGUUAAAGAACGUUUGUUAAACAUUACUACAGUUUAAGCUUGAUAGAAAUCGAGUCAGAAUUGUAGCGAUGGAGAUCGCGAUGCGCACGGACAUGACGUUGCGUGAGGAGUACCUGUUGAAGAUCUGGGACAACUAUAUCCAUGACAACGUGGUGCAGGGAACUCCUUGCAGCGCCGCCAUCUACGACGCACGCACCCGCCGCCUCAUCGUGGCCAGUGACCGCUUCCACCUGCUCGACAACGAGCUGUACAAUAUAACCGAGGGAAUGAAGUACCCAGAAACCGUCUACCGCGACGGCAUCACCGUCCAGAACCGUCACUAUGAUGUCAGACUUGCUGACGGUAAAAACGGUAUCUACGCAACGGACGGAGUAGAUGGGUGUACCGUUUGCAAAACCAACACGUUGAUCAUCGUUGGCGUACAUGAUAGCAGGGUUCUUAGCGCUCAGUGUAACGAACAGAUCAUGAGACUCGGAGACUAUUUUCGGAAACUUGGAUUAUAGUACAAAACUUGUCGGCGAGUAGACAUUAUAUUGACAUGCACUUAUUUUGCUCAUUCGUUUCACAAUGUUGUUCUCUUCUUCAGAGUUUAUGCAAUCUAAUUUCAUUGACUUGUGUAACUUUUUAUUAAAUUCUUCUAU